AUGAUAUCUCACUUCCCUCAACUUAUCUCUUCUUCGAGUCAAAAUCAACCAUUCCCCCUCAUUUGGAACAACGCGCAGUUUCUAGUUAAUAAGGAGCUCGCCAGCAUAUUGCCUGGUUUGAAUCGGUCAAAUCAACCGCUGAGCUCUUUCGAUUGUGCUGGUUUAACUAUAUCCAACACAAUGUCAUCAAGACAACCUAAACUACGUCCCAAGUCACAUAUACCGGGGCUUUCAGAUUCUCUAUGUGACCUUUCUACCAUGUCAUCUCCGUUGCAGUUUGAAUCCCGUGUGGCAUUGAAUGACGAAAAGAAUGAUCAACGCGUUUUCCGGGUGAAGAGGAAACAUGUUCUCAAGGCGUGCGAUCGUUGCAGAAUUAAAAAGACGAAGUGUGAUGGGAAACAGCCAUGCAAUCGUUGUUCUUCAUAUAACCACCCCUGCUUAUUCCGGGAGAAAAAGGCUACUCAGACAAAGGUUUACUCUCGAGGAUUCGUUGAGAUGUUGGAGUCGCACCACUCGCUCGUUGUCAAAGCACUUCAAAGAGUUUACAAGCUGUGUUCUGACAAGGAAGGAUUUCCAGGCGAGCCUCUUGCAGUGACCUCCGAUGGGUAUCCCCUGACGCAUGCCAUCCUCGACCGCUUAGGGCUGAUAAAACAAGCCGAAGAUACCUCUCAAGCUGCAGACGAAGAGAGCGAAGACCUUCGGUACCUACGUGUCCUGUCAAGCUCAACCGACUGUUGCGCAACUGCCGACCCAUCACCAGAGCCUGCUACGCCUCCGGACCCUGCACCCAGCUCAUCUAGUCCCGUUCAACUAUCACCAGGAGGACACGGGCCCGUCAAGUGGGAGUUUCAGCCCGAGCAAUAUCAGACCUACCCACGAACCAAUUAUCAGAUUCCGAUGCCACACCCAGCUCUGGGGACACCGACCCUCGCCAACGAAUCCGAAUGCCCAACAACAGCACCUUCUCCUGUCGGCGCGGGCCUUGCAAAUCCAUAUCUUUACUAUACCGACGGCGGUUGCAACCCCGAACCCACGGACAGCAAUCUUCAACCUAUAGUCGCCACAGGCCCGUCAGCCAUUGCAGCAGCAAUCUCAGCUGGUCUGCCAGUUGGUAUAGCCGAGAAUUAUAGCCUUACUAUGUCUGAUCACCAACCCAUCUACCCGACACCCUUAACACCUGCGUGGGUAUAUCCUUGUGAAUAA